GUCGAAGAGAGCCAGCCUACAGACUUUAAAAGCUCACGCGCUGCGAGGGGAUACCACCGUUAACUCACUACAGCACUGAGAGAAACCCGUGAGACAUCACUGAGCCAUGAGUGAGAGACAAGGAUCUGGAGUGGCUGGUGGCAACAGCAAAUCCUCUGUGACACAAGAUGCGUCGAAGAAGGACGUCCCCGAGGACUUUGACAUUGACAUGGAAGCCCCUGAAACGGAGAAGGCAGCUGUCGCCAUUCAAUCGCAGUUCAGGAAGUUCCAGAAGAAGAAAACCGAUGACAAAUAGUAGUGGACCGCGGACUGCUCUGUCCGUAUGGCCACAGCAGUAUGGCAUUGCUUGAUGUCGCAUGUAAUAGAAUCCAUUCUACAUGGACUCAAGGUUGCAACCUGUCAGUCAUUAAUACAGUAUGUGUAAUUCCAUAAAAUAACUAAUUAUUUUACUGCUGUAACUGUGGAAUAGAUAAAUAGAUUUGUAUUUUAUUUUGACUCAAGAUUUAUUCUUUACUAUAGCCAAGUAUAUCUGCUGAUGCAUGAGUGUCUGUCGUACUUUUACCUCAAAGACCUGAAGUGUAAAGCAGGUGUUUCAAUUUCAGGUCUGCCCUUUCCUGACAAAGUUGAUUCUAGUUAGACACUGUAGAGUAAAAACUGUGCAUUACAAAUAUGGACAUGGAUUUUUGUUUCAGCUAAAGAAAUGCUGCUGUGAUCCCAGUGGAGUUCUGAACACAGCUUGUCUUUUGAAUCUCAUGUUGUUGAAUAAUUCCCAGUUCAUCUCCCAAAUUUCUAUUUCUAUUGUUGAAUGUCUUGGUUGAAUUCAUGUUGAGUGAAAAGACUUGAAGCAUUUGAUUAUCUGGUGUGCUGCAGUAUUUGUUUCCUUAAGUUUAGCCAGUCAUUCAUUUCUCAUUCAACAGGGAAACUGUUAAUAAAUAUCCUUGAAUCU